AUGCUCAAUAUUGCCCUGGUCGUUGUACCACAUCCCCCUGCUGAAUCGCGUCUAUUGACCGUCAAGGCAAGGUCCGGGCAGAUUAUUUCACAGAGUAGUCAGUCCCUCAUACCUGGUGAUUACGAUGUUUACGCCUCGGAUGGCGAUUCCAUCCAAAUCAAUCAGGAGCCUUUCGUGCGUCGACUGCCUUCCUCUAAUCUUCGUAGCCGCGAAGCAGCAGAUUUCCAAAAGGGCGUACAGGCAAGAGAUGGAAAAUGUGUAUUUACGGGGAUCGUCAACCGUCGCGCUCAUCUGAAUAAGUGGGUGGGCUGGGAGGCGGCCUAUAUCUUCCCUCCUGAGAGGGAAGACAUUUCGAUAGAAAACGAUUUCGAUCGAUUGAUCACCGGUACUGAAUCGGGUGGCUAUUCUGACCGUUCUGCGCCCAUUUACUCCACUCGAAAUGGGUUGCUGCUUCAGACAACUAUAUUUCAAUUGUUUGUCGAAUAUUCGGUUUCGGUGAAUGCAGAUGAUGGGUACAAGAUCACUUCUUUCAUCCCCGACGACAUGGGAGUGGAUGGAAGAAUCCUUGACCCUGUGUGUCGAAACCCUGACGAGCCGAACCACGUCUCGGACGACCUUCUCCGCUGGCACUUCAGACAAAGUGUUCUGGGAAAUAUGAGAGGUGCAGGAGAGCCUUCGUUCGAGCAUGAUUACCCACCGGGAUCCGAUAUGCUUAAGGAAAUCCUUGAGGGGCCCUAUCCGAAUGAACGGUUCGAAAUGGAACUUUCAUUGAGACUGCGAGGGUGGGAAGACCCUUCAGGCUUUGUUCGGUGA